AUGAGCAUCUCGGUGAACGGGCAGUCGUGCGUCCCGCCGGGGUUCCGUUUCCACCCGACGGAGGAGGAGCUCCUCAACUACUACCUCCGCAAGAAGGUCGCCUCCCAGCAGAUCGACCUCGACGUCAUCCGCGACGUCGAUCUCAACAAGCUCGAGCCAUGGGACAUCCAAGAGAGGUGUAAGAUCGGGUCAGGGCCUCAGAACGACUGGUACUUCUUCAGCCACAAGGACAAGAAGUACCCGACGGGGACGCGGACCAACCGGGCCACGGCGGCCGGCUUCUGGAAGGCCACCGGCCGCGACAAGGCCAUCUACAACGCCGUGUCCCGGAUCGGCAUGCGGAAGACCCUCGUCUUCUACAAAGGCCGAGCCCCGCACGGGCUCAAGUCCGACUGGAUCAUGCACGAGUACCGCCUUCUCGACGCCGAUGACUCCUCCUCUGCCGCUACCGCCGCCAUGGUCACUGCCUCGUCGGUGGCGGCGUCGGAGGCCGCCGGGCAGCAGGGGCCGGAGGACGGGUGGGUGGUUUGCAGGGUGUUCAAGAAGAAGCACCACCACAAGGACACAAACUCCGGCUCCGGCUCCGGUUCCGGCAACAAGAAGGCGGCGGCGUUGCGGCGGUCUUCCUCGUCGCCGCUCUACUCCUCCGGCGACGACGCGGCGUUGGACCAGAUCCUGCACUACAUGGGCCGCUCCUCCGCCGCGUGCAAGCAGGAGCACGACUCGCCCCGGCCUGCCCCGGCCCAAACCCAGGCCCAGGCCCGGCCCACAUCCAGGUACCUCCGGCCCAUCGAGACGGCCCUCGCCGGCGGCCAUGGCUUCAUGAAGCUGCCCCCCCUCGAGAGCCCAUCCUCGGCUGCCGCAGCGGCGCCGCCCAACACGACGCCGGUGCCGGAGACGACGAUGGACUGGGCCAUGAUGGACCGGCUCGUGGCCUCGCACCUCAACGGCCAGCUCCACGAUGAUCACGCCUCCACCGCGGUAGUCGACGACGACCACCGCCUCUGCAGCGCCUUCGACGACGGCGCCGGAGAAGACAACGACGACGGCGGGCUCGCGUUCUACUCCGCCGCCGCCACGCGGCUGCUCGGCGCGGCGGCCGGCGCCGUGGACGACGACCUCUGGAGCUUCGCUCGCUCCGCCGAGCGGCUCAGCCACCACGGCUCACAGUAAAGACGA